AUGGAGAACGCACACGCGAAGAACCCGGCAGAAUGCCUGGCCUACUUCUCGGUGAACGAGAACACUGGUCUCACUCCUGACCAGUUCAAGAAGAACCUGGACAAAUACGGUUUCAAUGAGCUGCCCGCUGAGGAGGGUAAGAGCAUCUGGGAGCUGGUCAUUGAGCAGUUUGAGGACUUGCUUGUCAGGAUCCUGCUUCUGGCUGCCUGCAUCUCCUUUGUGCUGGCCUGGUUCGAGGAAGGUGAGGAGACCGUUACUGCCUUCGUGGAGCCCUUUGUCAUCCUUCUUAUCCUCAUCGCUAACGCCGUUGUUGGCGUGUGGCAGGAGCGUAAUGCUGAAAGCGCCAUCGAGGCUCUCAAGGAGUACGAGCCCGAGAUGGGCAAAGUUUACCGCUCUGACAGAAAGAGUGUGCAGAGGAUCAAGGCCAGGGAAAUCGUCCCUGGAGACAUUGUGGAGGUGUCUGUUGGUGACAAAGUCCCCGCUGACAUCAGGAUUGUUUCUAUCAAGUCCACCACCCUGCGUGUUGACCAGUCCAUCCUUACUGGUGAGUCUGUCAGUGUGAUCAAGCACACUGAACCUGUUCCUGACCUCAGAGCUGUCAACCAGGACAAGAAGAACAUGCUUUUCUCUGGUACCAACAUUGCUGCCGGCAAAGCCAUUGGUGUGGCUGUCGCCACUGGAGUCUCCACUGAGAUUGGCAAGAUCCGUGACCAGAUGGCUGCCACCGAGCAGGAGAAGACUCCUCUGCAGGCCAAGCUGGACGAGUUCGGCGAGCAGCUGUCCAAGGUCAUCUCCCUGAUCUGCGUUGCUGUCUGGGCCAUCAACAUUGGCCACUUCAAUGACCCCGUCCACGGAGGCUCAUGGAUCCGUGGUGCUGUCUACUACUUCAAGAUCGCUGUUGCUCUGGCUGUCGCUGCCAUCCCUGAGGGUCUGCCUGCUGUCAUUACCACCUGUCUGGCCCUUGGUACUCGCCGUAUGGCCAAGAAGAAUGCCAUUGUCAGAAGCCUGCCCUCUGUGGAGACCCUGGGCUGCACCUCCGUCAUUUGCUCCGACAAGACUGGCACCCUCACCACCAACCAGAUGUGUGUGACCAAGAUGUUUAUUGUCAAGACUGUUGAUGGGGACCACGUUGACCUCGAUGCCUUUGAUAUCUCUGGCUCCAAGUAUACCCCAGAGGGCGAGGUUACCCAGGGUGGUGCCAAGGUCAACUGCAGCUCAUACGACGGUCUUGUUGAGCUGGCUACCAUCUGCGCCCUGUGCAACGACUCCUCUCUGGACUACAACGAGUCCAAGAAGAUCUAUGAGAAGGUCGGUGAGGCUACUGAGACCGCCCUGUGCUGCCUGGUUGAGAAGAUGAACGUGUUCAACUCAAACGUGAAGAACCUGUCCAGAAUUGAGAGAGCCAACGCAUGCUGCACAGUGAUCAAGCAGCUCAUGAAGAAGAACUUCACUCUGGAGUUCUCCCGUGACAGGAAGUCCAUGUCUGUUUACUGCACUCCUGCUAAAGGUGAUGGUAGUCCCAAGAUGUUUGUUAAGGGUGCUCCUGAGGGUGUGAUUGACAGGUGCGCCUAUGUGCGUGUCGGCACCACCCGUGUGCCUCUGACCAACGCCAUCAAGGAGAAGAUUCUGGCUGUCAUCAGGGACUGGGGUACUGGCCGUGACACCCUGCGUUGCCUGGCCCUGGCCACUCGUGACAGCCCACUGAAGGUGGAGGAGAUGAACCUUGAGGACUCUACCAAGUUUGCCGAUUAUGAGAUGGACCUGACCUUCGUUGGCUGUGUGGGUAUGCUGGAUCCCCCUCGUAAGGAGGUCACUGGCUCAAUUGAGCUGUGCAGAGCUGCUGGAAUCCGUGUCAUUAUGAUCACUGGUGACAACAAGGGAACUGCUAUCGCUAUCUGCCGUCGCAUUGGCAUCUUCGGCGAGGACGAGGAUGUCUCCGGCAGGGCCUACACUGGACGUGAGUUUGAUGAUCUGCCCCUCCACGAGCAGUCCGAGGCUGUGCGCAGAGCUUGCUGCUUUGCCCGUGUGGAGCCGUCCCACAAGUCCAAGAUCGUUGAGUUCCUCCAGGGUUAUGAUGACAUUACUGCCAUGACUGGUGAUGGUGUGAACGAUGCCCCUGCCCUGAAGAAGGCCGAGAUCGGCAUCGCCAUGGGCUCUGGCACUGCCGUUGCCAAGUCUGCCUCUGAGAUGGUCCUGGCUGACGACAACUUCUCUUCCAUUGUGGCUGCUGUUGAGGAGGGCAGAGCUAUCUACAACAACAUGAAGCAGUUCAUCCGCUACCUCAUCUCCUCCAACGUCGGUGAGGUCGUCUGUAUCUUCCUUACCGCUGCUCUGGGUCUGCCCGAAGCUCUGAUCCCCGUCCAGCUGCUCUGGGUCAACUUGGUGACUGAUGGUCUGCCCGCCACUGCUCUGGGCUUCAACCCACCUGAUCUGGACAUCAUGGGCAAGCCCCCACGCUCCCCCAAGGAGCCUCUGAUCUCUGGCUGGCUGUUCUUCAGAUACAUGGCCAUUGGUGGAUAUGUCGGUGCUGCCACUGUUGCUGGCGCUGCCUGGUGGUUCCUCUACGACCCCACUGGCCCCGGGGUCACCUACUAUCAGCUGUCACACUUCAUGCAGUGCCACGACGAGAACGAGGACUUUGAAGGCCUGGACUGUGAAAUCUUUGAGGCUGCUCCUCCCAUGACCAUGGCCCUGUCUGUACUGGUCACCAUUGAGAUGUGCAAUGCUCUCAACAGCUUGUCUGAGAAUCAGUCUCUGGUGCGCAUGCCCCCAUGGAGCAACUUCUGGCUGCUCUCUGCCAUGACCCUGUCCAUGUCCCUGCACUUCAUGAUCAUCUAUGUUGACCCUCUUCCUAUGAUCUUCAAGCUGACCCAUCUGUCCACAGAGCAGUGGAUGGUGGUCCUGAAACUUUCCUUCCCCGUCAUUGCCAUUGAUGAGGUGCUGAAGUUCGUCGCCCGCAACUACGUACAGAAGUUAAAUAGAGAUGUAGAAGAAGAGGAUCUUCAGGGCUGAAGCGAAAGAAGCGGAGAAGAGAGGGAGAGAGAAAGAUCACAGCCAAAGAGGGGAGCCAUAGAGAA